AUGAAUGCGGCAACACUUUCGGCAGAACAAUCUGACAGGGCUUUCGAUUCGGGCCACUUCGUCAGGUAUUCAACCGCUACAACCAACAUUUAUGAAGCUUUCUAUGGACCAAAACUCGCAGGGAAUCUGAUUGAA